UGUCCAUUCGCCACGACCAUUCAACCAUGCGUGUCCUUUCGACCCUCGUUCUCGCAGUAACAGCCCUCCCUGCGACACUCAUCGCUGCCCAAUCUUCCACAGCCUCGUCCGCGGCCCCGACUAGCACCACAGGCAUCGACCCCUGCAUCCUCCAGUGCGUUACUCAGGCGGCCACCAGUGCGGGUUGCAAUGGCUUCACGGACCUGACAUGCGUGUGCACAUCCCAGAACUUCCAAACACAGGCUCUCUCGUGCCUCCAGAGCAACUGCCCAUCUUCUGACCUCGCUACAGCACAGCAACUCCAGCAGCAACAAUGCGCAGCAGUUUCUGCGAGUGGAUCGUCAUCCGGUGGAGCGGCUUCAACCUUGUCCAGCGUUGCAAGCUCCCUGAGCUCUGGUGCUUCUUCAGUCAUCUCGUCAUUAACUAGCCAAGCUUCAGGCCUUAGCUCAUCCCUCGGCUCCGCUGCCUCGUCUGUAGGUUCCGCUGCAACUUCCCCUGCAAACUCCAGCAGCGCAGCAGGCGAGAAAGUCCUAUUCGGCACUGCCGGUCUCGUUAGUGCAGCAGUCAGCAUGAUCGGCAUCCUCGUCGGCGCACUCGUCGUCUAGAUGAGAGAAUCCUGCAAAAUAUGGGUGGAUCUGCGGAAAAUCGGGAAGCACGUCAACCCUUGGCAUAAGGCCGGCUUCUCUUCUGGUUUCACGCGUUGCAUCGGCCCUUCUGGACCUGUGAAUUUUCGUUGAAUUUCGACGUGUUUUUGGACUUAUGACUCUCACAUACGCUUCUUCACUUUCUUCCUUCGCAUGUGACAAUUCACCUUGUGCGGUGCCGAAAUGCUUUCUUUCACUUUCCAACCGAAUUACGCCCUUCAAUUUUCUUCUGACGCUAACACUAAUCGAACGGCUCCACGUCUUGACUUUAAAAAAAUUUUGCCUGUUGUUGUCAUCGUUUUGCAUGAUUUAAUGUGUUGUGUCAUUUUGGAUGCUUUAUGUGCUGAGUAUAGUGUUGAAU